AUGGAGGGCCACAAUCAGCUGUUGCCCUGUCAGGAUGGCAAGCAGCAGCAGCAGCAGCAGCGGAAACAGCAGCAUGCGGAUGGCAUUGGUUCACCUGCUCUGGCAUUCGGAGGGCUGUCGUCUGACGAGUGCAGCAUCGUGUUCUUCUCACCCAAUGCCACCUGCUGCCACCCACCAGCUCCAACGCACCACUCAUCUGCACUCACCCCGGAACCAGACCCUGCUUCCCAAGCCGCCACCUUCUCUGCUUCUGCUACUGCCUCUUAUUUUCCGUUCCCAUGUGAUGCCUCCUUCCCCGUUGCUGCUGCCUCCAAUGCCGCUGCCCUGAGCCUUCCAGUGAAGCAAGCAAGAGAGGACUGCCCCGGGCAUGGGGCAGACCAAGCGGGGCUGGGUGGAGGUGGGGUUGAGACGGGGGUGGUGCGCAGCAGGAAGCGGCAGGCUCAGUCCGUGGCAGAGCAGUUCCAGCAGCAAGGGGAGAGCAGGCGCGUGCAGGACGAGGAAGCAGUCCUUCUGGAUGCUUUGCUGCUGGAGGAGCAUCGCCAGCUGCACGGAGGAGGAGGGAGGAGGCGAGUGCAAUCAGCGCUGUGGCCGUAUAUGGAGUGGGAGAGCGCCCUCCCAGAUGACGUGCUGCGGGGUUUCAGCAGCCUUGAUGCCGGCGUCACCACACCGCAUGCACCAGUGCCAGCGCCACUGCCCACCCCACUCGCUGCUGCGCUGGCUGGUUCUCUACUGGAUGUGCCGUGCUGGGUGCAACGGCUGGUGGUGUGGGUAGGACAUGCGGAUGGGGUGCCGUGUUUUGUGCUGCGGAAUGGCCUGCAGUGUUGGGAGCAAUGGGUGCUGAAGGGGCUGGGUGUACGGAGAUAG